AUGAGCAGCACAGGAGCAGUGCCUGACGCCUGGGACGAUGACUGGGUAAACGUCGCCGAUGUAUCUUCCUUGCCGUCUAGCUGUCAGCACACAGAGAAUUGACAAUCCACCGCAGAACAAGACCGAAGAGCCUUCCAAACCAGAGCCCGCCCCCAAACUCACCAAAGCCGAGCGGAGGGCGCAACACGCCCAGCAACAGCGCCAGUUAUGGCAUUCUGCCGAGAAUCCGGGCCGGAGUCUUUGGCUCGAAGCGCAAGGCGUCGUCCCUCUCCAAAACGAGAUCAAGCCACAGGUCAAACUACUGAGCCGAAAACCGGCGACGAUCGCCAAGAGGGAUGUCACAGAUGCAGCUGCCAGACUGAACAUGGAGGAUGAAGAGGACAGCGGAGACGAAGCACGCAGAAAACGCGAGGCCGAGCUGGAGGCUCGUCAGCGUCAGGCGAAACUCGAGCGCGAAGACAAGCAGCGCCGUUACGCUGAGGCUCGUGAGAGGAUCAUGGGCUCUUCGAACAAUCCCUCGCCGCCUCAAAACUCCAGGGACAGCCCACAUGGCAGAGACAAUCGGAAGCAACGAGGGGUGCCGUACAGGAACGGUAAUCGACGCAGUCAGCCAGAAUCGCCAGCUGAGCAGUCUCCUUCCACCCUUGACCAGUCCAACAACGGCAGCCAGCUGUUCGAUCCGGAAGAUAUGGGCAGGAGACUGCCGCCCAAACGUGAUAUGACCGAUUCCCCCAGAGACGACAACCAUCCUCUGAGGCAGCCGCGGGGUCCUAGUGAGAACGGACGCGGAGGCUUCGGCUUCUCCGGUCGGGACGGCAGGCCUGGCGCCUGA